ACGUUUUCGUUAACGGCGCGAGGCGGUUGUGUUUUUUAUUCAACGAGCGCAUGAGGUUCUCGGUUCUCUAAUUUAAAAAACUUGUUUUCGUUUUGCAUUCAAAGAACGAACCGUCCAUAUAUGUAAACGAUACGUAAUUGCAGGCUCGCACUUUAUAUAGGCAUUGGUACCGAGAGAUACAACAGAUACAACGAUGUCAGGCAAUCAAACGAACUCGAUUUUGGUGUUUUUUGUGAAUGGAAAAAAGGUAACCGAAGUGAGUCCGGAUCCGGAAUGCACGCUGCUCACAUAUUUGCGGGAAAAGCUGCGGCUGUGUGGCACCAAAUUGGGAUGUGCGGAGGGCGGAUGUGGCGCCUGCACCGUGAUGGUGUCCCGCCUGGACCGGCGAGCCAGUAAAAUCCGUCACCUGGCGGUCAACGCCUGUCUGACUCCGCUUUGUGCCAUGCACGGGUGUGCGGUGACCACGGUGGAGGGCAUUGGGAGCACCAAGACCCGAUUGCAUCCGGUGCAGGAGCGUCUGGCCAAGGCACACGGAUCCCAGUGCGGCUUCUGUACUCCGGGCAUCGUGAUGUCCAUGUACGCUCUCCUCCGGAACGCAGAACAACCCUCUAUGCGGGAUUUGGAGGUUGCCUUCCAGGGAAACCUCUGCCGCUGCACUGGCUAUCGACCCAUUCUCGAGGGCUACAAGACCUUCACCAAGGAGUUUGCCUGCGGCAUGGGUGAGAAGUGUUGCAAGGUGAAUGGCAAAGGAUGUGGCCCCGAUCCGGAUACCGAUGACAAGCUCUUUGAGCGCAGCGAGUUCCAGCCUCUGGAUCCCAGCCAGGAACCCAUCUUCCCACCGGAACUUCAAUUGAGUGACGCCUUCGACUCGCAGAGCUUGGUCUUCAGUUCGGAGUGGGUGACCUGGUAUCGUCCCACCGAUCUGCAGGAGCUGCUCCAACUAAAGGCCCAGCAUCCGGCUGCCAAGCUGGUCGUGGGCAACACGGAAGUGGGCGUUGAGAUCAAGUUCAAGCACUUCCUGUACCCGCACCUCAUCAAUCCCACUCAGGUGAAGGAUCUGCUGGAGAUCAGGGAGUCCCAGGAUGGCAUCUAUUUUGGUGCCGCUGUUAGUUUGAUGGAGAUUGAUGCUCUGCUCCGGCAGAGAAUCGAAGAGUUGCCGGAAUCGGAGUCCAGAUUGUUCCAAUGCACCGUUGACAUGCUCCACUACUUUGCCGGAAAGCAGAUCCGUAAUGUCGCCUGCCUGGGUGGUAACAUCAUGACCGGCAGUCCCAUUUCCGAUAUGAAUCCCGUGCUCUCGGCAGCUGGAGCCCAACUGGACGUGGCCAGUUUUGUGAAUGGCAAGAUUCAAAGGAGGACAGUCCACAUGGGAACUGGGUUUUUCACCGGCUACCGAAGAAAUGUCAUUGAAGCCCAUGAGGUUCUGCUGGGCAUCCACUUCAGGAGGACCACUCCGGAUCAGUAUAUCGUUGCCUUCAAGCAGGCCAGGAGAAGAGAUGAUGACAUUGCCAUUGUAAAUGCCGCCGUAAAUGUUCGCUUCCAGGAGAAAUCCAAUAUAGUUGAGGAGAUUUCUAUGGCCUUUGGUGGAAUGGCUCCCACCACAGUCCUGGCUCCCAAAACAUCCCAACUGAUGGCUGGUCAGGAGUGGAAUCACCAACUGGUGGAGAGAGUGGCGGAGAGCUUGUGCACGGAGUUGCCCUUGGCUGCCUCUGCUCCUGGUGGCAUGAUCGCCUAUCGUCGGGCUUUGGUGGUGAGCCUGUUCUUCAAGGCCUACCUGGCCAUCACUCUGAAGUUGAGCAAGUCGGGGAUAAUAUCCUCCGAUGCCCUGCCACCCGAAGAGCGAAGUGGUGCAGAGACAUUCCAUACCCCAGUUCUGAAAAGUGCCCAGCUCUUUGAGCGUGUCUGCAGUGAGCAACCCACCUGCGAUCCCAUAGGAAGACCACAAGUCCAUGCAGCUGCCCUGAAACAGGCCACCGGAGAGGCGAUCUACACAGAUGAUAUUCCCCGCAUGGAUGGGGAAGUCUACUUGGCCUUUGUCCUGAGCACAAAGCCACGUGCCAAAAUCACCAAACUGGAUGCCAGUGAAGCGUUGGCCUUAGACGGAGUCCAUCAGUUCUUUUCCUACAAGGAUCUAACCGAGCAUGAGAACGAAGUGGGUCCCGUUUUCCAUGAUGAGCACGUCUUUGCCGCCGGCGAAGUUCAUUGCUAUGGUCAGAUUGUUGGCGCCAUAGCUGCGGACAACAAGGCAUUGGCCCAAAGAGCCUCGCGGCUGGUGAAAGUGGAGUACCAGGAGCUGAGCCCGGUUAUUGUGACCAUCGAACAGGCCAUCGAGCACAAGUCCUACUUCCCGGACUACCCGCGAUUCGUGACCAAGGGCAAUGUGGAGGAGGCCCUGGCCCAGGCGGAUCACACUUACGAGGGCACCUGCAGGAUGGGUGGACAGGAGCACUUCUAUCUGGAGACUCAUGCGGCAUUGGCAGUUCCUCGCGACAGCGAUGAGUUGGAGCUCUUCUGCUCUACACAGCAUCCUUCGGAGGUGCAGAAACUGGUGGCCCAUGUCACCACACUUCCUGCCCACCGCGUCGUUUGUCGAGCCAAGCGUUUGGGCGGAGGUUUCGGUGGCAAGGAGUCGCGGGGCAUUUGCGUAGCCCUUCCGGUGGCCUUGGCCGCCUACCGGAUGGGUCGUCCUGUGCGCUGCAUGUUGGAUCGGGAUGAGGACAUGCUCAUCACCGGCACCCGCCACCCUUUCCUCUUUAAAUACAAGGUGGGCUUCACCAAGGAGGGUCUAAUCACUGCCUGCGACAUAGAGUGCUACAACAACGCUGGAUGGUCCAUGGAUCUGUCCUUUUCGGUUCUGGAGCGCGCGAUGUACCACUUUGAGAACUGCUACCGUAUUCCCAACGUGCGAGUGGGUGGAUGGGUGUGCAAGACGAACCUGCCUUCGAAUACGGCCUUCCGAGGCUUUGGAGGUCCUCAGGGCAUGUACGCCGGAGAGCACAUCAUCCGGGAUGUGGCCCGAAUAGUGGGUCGUGAUGUGGUGGAUGUGAUGCGCUUGAAUUUCUACAAAACAGGCGACUACACACACUACCAUCAGCAGCUGGAGCACUUUCCCAUCGAGCGAUGUUUGGAGGAUUGCCUCAAGCAGUCGAGGUACGAGGAAAAGCGCUUGGAGAUCGCUCGAUUUAAUCGGGAGAAUCGCUGGAGGAAGCGUGGAAUGGCCGUGGUGCCCACGAAAUAUGGCAUUGCCUUCGGUGUCAUGCAUUUGAAUCAGGCUGGUUCCCUGAUUAACAUUUAUGGAGAUGGAUCAGUCCUAUUGUCCCAUGGAGGCGUUGAGAUUGGACAAGGUCUAAAUACCAAGAUGAUUCAGUGCGCCGCCAGGGCUUUGGGUAUUCCUCCGGAACUGAUUCACAUCUCGGAGACGGCCACGGAUAAAGUACCAAAUACCUCUCCCACGGCGGCGAGUGUGGGAUCCGAUCUUAAUGGGAUGGCCGUGCUGGAUGCCUGUGAGAAGCUCAACAAGCGACUGGCGCCCAUCAAGGAGGCCCUGCCCGGUGGCACCUGGAAGGAGUGGAUAAACAAGGCGUACUUCGAUCGGGUCAGUCUCUCGGCCACUGGCUUCUACGCCAUGCCGGGAAUUGGCUAUCAUCCCGAGACGAAUCCCAAUGCCCGGACCUAUAGCUAUUAUACCAAUGGCGUCGGCGUCAGUGUGGUGGAGAUCGAUUGCCUGACUGGCGACCAUCAGGUGCUCAGCACUGACAUCGUCAUGGAUAUCGGUUCCAGUCUCAAUCCGGCCAUAGAUAUUGGUCAGAUCGAGGGCGCCUUCAUGCAGGGCUAUGGACUUUUUACCCUAGAGGAGCUUAUGUAUUCUCCACAGGGCAUGCUGUACUCCAGAGGACCAGGCAUGUAUAAGCUGCCAGGAUUUGCGGACAUCCCCGGAGAGUUUAAUGUCAGUCUGCUGACCGGUGCACCUAAUCCUCGAGCUGUCUACUCCUCCAAGGCGGUAGGGGAACCCCCGCUCUUCAUAGGAUCAUCAGCGUUCUUUGCCAUCAAGGAGGCCAUUGCAGCUGCUCGUGAGGAUCAGGGGCUGAGUAGAGACUUCCCCCUGGAGGCGCCUUCCACCUCGGCUCGCAUUCGCAUCGCCUGUCAGGAUAAAUUCACCAAUUUGCUUGAUUUACCCGAGGCAGGAACUUUCACUCCAUGGAACAUUGUGCCUUAGAAAUUGUUUUCAUAGUUGUUUUUAACUGUAUAUUUGGUUUUGUACAUAUUUAAGUCAAAUAAAUGUUUGAAUAUAAAGGA